AACCCAGCCGAACUUCAGCUGUCCUUUUUUGCUGUGCUGAUUGAAAUAAUGAACAGCUUUUUCCCAGGUUUCCAUCCGGGUAAACAAAAAUGGAACGCGAGAACGCUGUUGUCAUGACAACACAAACGGUGAGCACUAACUUUUUGCUGCAACUGCACCGAUAUUUCUGUGACUGGAGUCCAAACCAAGAAGCUUCUUGUUUUAGUGUACAACCAUUUUCAUAGUAAAAUAAAAAAAGGAAAAAAAUACAAUGAUUCCACCAGCCGAAUCUCUUCUAAAAUACGACAAUCCAGUUUCUAUCACCAAAAGCACCGACCGAAAAUCACCAAAGGGACGUCCUUUAAAAGUGAGCCCUCAGCAACCUGCCACCUCUAGUCCUGUUCCGCCGCCUCCUAAACCAAAAUCAGCCUCUGCAGAAGCCAGCAAACAGGAAAAUGAGGAGAUCCUGAACACCAUCCUCCCACCCAGGGAAUGGAUGGAGGGAAACCAGCUGUGGGUGCAGCAAGUGUCCAGUGCACCUUGCACAAGAGCAGAUGUUAUUCACCUGGAAGAACUGCUGGACACAAAGCUACAGCAAAGGCAGGCCAGAUUAACAGGAAUCUGCCCAGUUCGCAGAGAGCUCUAUUCCCAGUGCUUCGAUGAGCUGAUCAGACAAGUGACCAUCAACUGUGCUGAGAGGGGUCUGCUGCUGUUGCGGGUUAGAGAUGAGAUUAUGAUGACCAUUGCUGCCUACCAGACACUGUACGAAAGCAGCGUGGCUUUCGGUAUGAGGAAAGCACUGCAGGCUGAGCAGGGCAAGGCUGACAUGGAGAACAACAUUGCUGAUCUUGAGAAUGAGAACCAAGACCUGAAGAAGCAACUGAAUGAACAGAAAGCUAAAUGUGAUGCAAUUGAAAAGAGGGAACAUGAAAAGCAACAGGUGGAGGAGAAGAAGCACAUUGAGGAGAUUCAGUUCCUGAAGAGAACAAACCAGCAGCUCAAGACCCAGCUGGAAGGGAUCAUUACACCAAAGAAGUAACUUGGACAAACAAGAACUGAGUUGCCUUUUCCCAAUACAGAAUGCGACUGAAUUGAUCUUUUGAUUCUCAAUUAUAUCAGUUCAUCUAAACUGUAAGAGGGUGAUGAGCAAAUAUUUUAUUGUUUUCAUGGCAUGACAUGUACAGUUCCAACAAUUACUGUAAAUUCCUCUUGAACAUCAAGAGAACACUACAAGUGUAAAUGAUUAAUGAAAUGUCAUUCACAAAACAGUUAAAGGUUGAAGGGUAAAAGUUGAAAAGGCAAGAAGAAAACAAGUUAAGGCAUAAAGUGUCCACUCGAUAAAAGACUAUUUAACACUUAUUUAGCUUCCACCUUUUAUCAACUCUACAUUUUCAAUAAAAAUGCUGCUUCUCUGACAAAUUUAAAUAAAACUUUAUUACACA